GCAAUGAUUUAGUCAACGUCAGCACUGAUUUUAUACUAUUUUGUUGCGAAAUUUGUUUUUUAUCGACGAUGGAACGACUAAUUCACUGGGGAAUCAAUGCAGACGAAACGUAUUCAAAAUGGUUAUAUGACGAAAAUAAAUAUCAAACCGCAUGUACAUGGAUUGAGUGGCUCAUUCACGGGUUCCCAUGGUUUGUCGUUGCCACUUUGGGUCUCAUCAUUGCCUAUGGAAAAAACUUCAGCGAAAUGACACAAUAUGGGCUGGUUGUUCUGAAUCUUGGUUUGUAUUUCGACUUGAUCCUCAUUGCAAUCAUCAAAUUCUACUUUCAUCGAGAACGACCAAUAAAGACAUAUUCAAAGCUCUUGGAACACACAGUCGACAUCUACUCAUUCCCAUCAGGCCACUCUUCUCGUGCAGCUAUGCUUCUCGUUAUGGCAUAUAAUGCUGCUCCCCUCUACGUCAUUCCGUUCAUCCCUUUUCCUUUGGUCGUCGGACUAUCAAGAGUUGCCUUGGGAAGGCAUUAUAUCACAGAUGUUCUUGCCGGAAUCUUCAUUGGAUAUUUGGAAGCUCGACUCAUGCUCACCAUUCCGUAUGGUUUUAACACUGUGAUCCGUGGAUUUUUGAAAUAAUCGAUAUUCUCAUCUUGUACAUUGUUAUGGCUCGUGUAUCAUACCGCUAACUUGAUCUUAUCUACGGGUCAUAUAAAUUAUUAGAUAAACUAUGUGUUAUUGAUUUAAGUUUUUUUGUUCUCUUCUCUGCAUGGUUUUUCACCUUUUUGUACCUAUCUUGUCAUCACUUCAGUUUUUUUUCUUUCUUUUAUUGUUGUUUCCAGAUGACCCCAGUCGAAGAAAUUAUUAAAAAAGACAUUUUCCGGGA